UGCUCCUUUUCUGAAUGGAGCUAAAGCCCACUCAUCUUCACCUUUCAACGGAGGCAACAGCCGGAGCGAAGCGAAAGCGAGAAAGGAUGGCUACUUUGCCGCUCCCUUCCGCCGCUGAUGCUCCGCAGGCCACCGCCGUAACUUCUUCCGGACCCCUCUGCUCCUCCUUUCCUCUCCUUACCUUCUACUUCCCUCCGAGGCUCCCCGUUCUCGACCUCGCGGCGCCGACCCACUCCCUUUCCCUGCUUCCACAUUCCCCCCUUUUCUCUAACGUUGGUAGUUGCUUCAAGGUGCUGGCUACCGCCCUCUCUGAGAAUCCUUUUCUCAGGAAUUUACUAUCCUUACCUUCCCAACUCCAGAGCUUCUAUCAGAUGCGUUGCAGAAGCCUUAGGGUUGUGAGUUUGCCUUCUAGUUAUAGCUUUGCUGCAAUACUGCCAGGGGACUCCAUAGCUGGACUGGUCGUGGCCAAUGGGAUCUCCAACUUCUUGAACAUAUACAACACUCUACUGGUAGUUAGGCUGGUGCUAACCUGGUUUCCCAACUCUCCUCCAGCAAUCGUCAGCCCUCUCAGCAUUUUAUGUGAUCCAUAUCUCAACAUAUUCCGUGGGAUUAUUCCUCCACUAGGUGGAACACUUGAUCUUUCGCCUAUUUUGGCUUUCCUUGUUCUCAAUGCUUUCACUAGCACAGCUGCUGCUCUUCCAGCAGAACUUCCUGGAUCUCAGCAAAGCUUAUUGCCCGGACGUCUGCCGUCUACUCUUACCGGAACACAAGAGAAGUGGAUGAAAAGGGUAAACAGCAAAAAGACCAAGAACAUAGGUAAUGCUAGGUAGACCAUGAUCCUGACUCCUGCAUUUUUGUAUUAUGAAACGCCGUCGGAAUAUGUAGUUUAUUGUACCUCAAUUACUGGUUAAUUAUCAGAUUCGUGCUCCCUCUUUGCUUUA